GGAGCCCCGGUCCCGCCCAGGUACAGCCGAGGAAAGGGGCGUGGAGGCCCAGGCGGCUGACAGCCCGCGGAAAUGCUGAGGCUCCCGUGGCCGUCGUGUGCGGAGCAGCUUUCCCUCCCUGCUUUUUGCCGGAAGGUUGGAAAUUUGUUAGCCGGCUGGAGAAAUGGAGACGCCGCUCAGCGCGUGCUAAGAGGCAGCCGAGAUUGAAAAACUGAAGACGUUUGCAUAUCUUCAAAGACAAAAUCUACAAAGAGUUCCCAUCUAGGACGGAGGCAAAGGUCAAGGAAAGCAACUUUAAUAUUCUAUCAGACCUGUUUCCAGUCUGCAAAAGUUGCCAUGGAGCAGAUCAGUAAUUUUUUCCAUUCCAUCUGGUCUUUUAUCUGCUUAAAACAUCAGGAGGGUAUCUAUAACACAAUCUGUCUCGCUGUUUUAAUGGGGUUACCUGUUCUUGUCCUCCUUGUUGGAAUUUUCAUCUGUUGCCAUUGUUGUUUUUGUGGCCAGCGGCAAAGGGACAAAAAUAGCCACAGCAGCAGUGGUCCAAUCCAAGGGCAAAGAAGACGUAAUAUUUUGAGGAAGAAGAAGAAGAAAGAAGAUGAUCUGUGGAUUUCAGCCCAGCCCAAAAUGCUUCUGCUGGCAAAAAGGCCAUCGUUGGUUUAGACUUUAGAGGAAUGCAGGAGGACAAGUUACUUCCUUUUCGUAUAAGGAAUAUUCCUAUUCCUAUCUCAUAAUGUGUUCACUUCCACGUCAUAAAGCUGAGAACAUGCCAUCCUGCCUUACUUCCACAUGAAGGAAGCUACUUUUUAAGCUUAGGAAUUUUCAAGUUGGACACACAGUUUACAAGCAAGCUGCAACAUUACACCAAUGCAGAAUGAAUGAGUGGUGUGCAUCCACUGAAUGCAUAUUAUUUCAGUGUACACCAAAGGUAUAGGCUUACAUGAACUCAGUAGCAAAUUGUAUUCUACAAAUCAACUUGUGCACUUAGGAUGCAGAAUUCAAACUAGAACUUUUGCUUUGCCUAGCAUAGCUUGCACUGAAAGCUUAUCUGCACUAGCAUGUAAGAAAGUAAGCAAACACUGUUGUAUGCAUGUAGAUAUAUAUCAUAUAUUACCAUACACAUUUACUUAUACAAUCUGAUUGCACUGAUAUGUAAGCCAAGGUAUUGAAUUGGGUGAUUUAAAAAAAAAUAUCAUGAAAGAGAAGACUUUGACUAGUGAUUGUUUGCUAGUUUUGGAAGAAAACUGCUGAGUUAGUUGGGCCUUUGGUCUGAAUGUUUGGGAACACAAGAAAUUGCCUUAUUAACAAAUGUCUCAUAUUCUUCUCAUGUCUGAACUAGUCAGAAUUUUACAAGUUUUGCACAUUGCUUGGCAUACCGAUAGUCUCUAUUUUAAUUCUUUAAAGGGUUAGGUUUUUAGGACUUCCAGCUAUGCUGACAGCUUUGGAUGUACCAAAUGGGGGAAUGGGGUAGGUUGAAGAUUAGAAAGAUGAGGCAUUAGUACUCCACAAGAAGUAGAAAAAUAAAUAAUAUAUCAAUCAACAUGGUGAAAAAUUUGGUGUGGGAGGAAACCCUCCAGUCCUGGAACAACAUAUUAUGAUCGGUUAAUAAUAAAUCUCUUGGUAAAGGCAUUUGCAAAUAUAUUUUUGCAUUUUCAUGAAAAAUCUAUUACUCUGUGCUUAGAUUAAGCAAUGGGGUAAUAUAACAACUUGUUACCAAUAUGCAUUCUGUUCUUUAUUUUUAGACUUGCAUUCUAGGGUUACUCUAGAGAUAAUUAAAAGAAACCACAACCUUUUUAUUUAAAAAUAAAUUUAUUUUAAUAAA